UUACCUCCGGGACUGGGAGAUGCAGGUGCAUUUUAAAAUCCACGGGCAAGGCAAGAAAAACCUGAACGGAGACGGCUUUGCUAUCUGGUACACCAAAGAUCGCAUGCAGCCAGGACCUGUCUUUGGAAGUAAGGAUAACUUCCUGGGCCUGGGAGUGUUCGUGGACACCUACCCAAACGAGGAGAAGCAGCAGGAGGCUCAGAAGAGGAGGUACAGCCCGGGAAAUCAGCGUGUCUUCCCCUACAUCUCGGCCAUGGUAAACAACGGCUCCCUCACCUACGACCACGACCGGGACGGGAGACCGACGGAACUGGGGGGCUGCACGGCCAUGGUGCGCAACCUCAACCACGACACCUUCCUGGUGAUCCGCUACGUGAAGAGGAGACUGACGGUGUUGAUUGAUAUCGACGGUAAGCACGAGUGGCGAGACUGCAUCGACGUGCCGGGCGUGCGCUUGCCCCGCGGGUACUACUUCGGGACCUCUUCUGUCACCGGAGACCUGUCAGACAACCACGACAUCAUUUCGCUGAAGCUUUACCAGCUGACGGUGGAGCGGACGCCGGAGGAGGAGAAGCAGGACAGAGAGGUGUAUCUGCCGGUCGUGGACAACCUGAAGCUGCCGGGAAUGGAGGCACCGCUGGAGCCCAUGAGCGGCCUGGCUCUCUUCUUAAUCGUCUUCUUCUCCCUCGUUGCCAUCGUUUUCGCCAUCGUCAUUGGAGUCAUCGUCUACAACAAGUGGCAGGAGCAGAGCCGGAAACACUUUUAUUGACUCGGGAACCCCCGCCCCGGGAUGGCCCGUUGCUGGUCCUCGCUAGCUGCGUCCCGACUCCCACCCGUCCCAGACUGGCCAGAGCGUGAUGGACCGACCCUCACGGCAGGGAGCCUCGUGUGUGUGUGUGUGUCCCCAAAAAAAACCCCGGUGGGGAUGGCUGCUGUUUCAUAUCAGGCUCUCGAACUCCCACGCCGCUCCUGGUGGGAGCGGGGGAUCCCCGGUGCGACGGACUGGGAGCCGAGCGCCGCGGGGACGGACCUGCCGUCCCCUGAAGGAGCUUUGCUUCGUGAGUCGUUUAGGAGGACGGGCUGUGCCGCGGGGCGCCGGCGGCGCUGAGCCGUCUCUCCGCUGUCCGGGGAGCCCGAAGGCGGGCAGAAGUCGCCACCUCGGCUGUGAAAUCCCGGCUGAGGGAUGCCCGGCGAGCGCCUGCUUUCCUCGCCAGGCUCCUUGCGGCGUUACCGUAACCCUCGCAACCCCUUCUCUCAAACGGUUUCGUUUCCAGGAGGGAUUUUCCAAGCUGUUCAUCCCGCUCCGGCUGUUUUCCGUCACCUGCCUUAGGCUGUUUUUUUUGGAGGCCGGACUGCUUUUUUCUUUGUAAUUUGAAUUCCCCUGCUGCUGCGCAACGCCUCCCUGUCCCGCUGAGUCACCGAGGAUUCGGUGUUUUUUGGGUAGGGGAUGCUGAGGGUUUUCCCUGGCGGCGAGGCAGGUCGUGCUGGGAACCUGCCUGGCUCCUGGGCUCACCCCUUGGGGAGCAGCCGGUCCCCCUUCCGCAACCGACCUGGGGCAGCCCCCUCGCUGCCAGCCCCCUCCUCGCUUCGGGGUGUAACGCUGGGUUCCCCGUUUCUAAUAACCGUUUGCUGCUGCGUCUCCGGCCUCUCGGCUCUUCUCCCCGUUCCGUAGGGCCGCCGCCGAGCGUGCCGCCACCGCCGCUCCUCCGCACGCCUCCCGUCCCGGCGUGGCCUCCUGCACCGGUGCUGUUUGCGUGUCGUGUCGUGGCUUCUGGGCAGCUUUCCCCUCGGUGCUCGCUGCAUCCCGGGGCCCCGAGGAGGAGGAGGAGGAGGAGGAGCUGAGCCUGGUGGCGCGAUUCCCCUGCCUCUCGGAGCCGGAGCUCUCGCUGCCUUUCAGGGAGUCGUAGUUUUAUUCCUACCUCAGUGACUGCUUUUGGUCAAUGAUUUCUCUGCGUUUCUCUCGCCGGUCGUCGCGGCCGCCUUUCGCCCCCGGGGACCUCGUCGGUCGCUCACGAGGUGAUGACAUGGAGGGCACGGGGGGGUCCCCGGAGGGACCCGGGAGAGGGAAACGUUAGGUUGGUUUGUCCCGGGGGGAGUCCUAGUGGCUCUGGGGACGUCAAGAUGGCGAAUUCGCCAGCCCCACCAGAGGCAGAAACCUUCCUCGGUGGCGUCCUGGCGAACUGCGUCCUUGCCCCGCUGCUUUCCAGGACGCUCGCACCCGGGACGGACCCUCGCGGGGGUCCCAGUGGUGCCUGGGG